AUGUCUUCUAUUGAAAACUUAGCAUCAUCCAUUACGGAACAAGUCUCGAGGCUCUCGUCCCUGCUCCAAGGAGAGGGCUUGCCUUCCCCAACCUUUGAAGAAUCCGGAUUCAGGGAUUUCGAACAUGAAACGGACACACCGACAGGAAAGGCAUUGCGAGAAACUACAGACACGGUGAACAUUGAUUUGAUUACUCGGUUGAAGAUCCCCGAACAUGUACCACUAGGGUCGUCUAUAUCAACCCAGGAACUCGCCGCUGCCAUACGCAUUCCUGAGCCUUUACUGGCUCGAAUAGUACGAUAUGGGAUUGCCAAUGGCGUGUUUAUUGAGGAAUCUCCCAACGUCAUUCGGCACUCAGCAUCGUCGGCUGCGCUGGUGCAGAACCCGCACUUGAGUAAUAUCGUACGGUUCGGAGCGGAAGAUCUUGGGAAAGUCAUGAUGAAAAUACCAGAUACAGUUGUGCUUAAGCGCGACGAUCCGGCGCAUGCUCCUCACACUGCAUUUAACCUGGCAUACGACACGGAGGAGUCGUUAUUCGUUCAUUUCCACAAAAAUGAAGCUGCAAAUAAGAGAUACCACGAGUAUUUAGCGGGAAGAGUAAGCACGCCCUUGUGGUCUGUUGAUCGUCUACGCGCAGCUUGGCCAUGGGAAUCCAAGGGAAAGGUUAAGGUAGUUGAUGUUGGUGGUUCUAGCGGCCAUACGGUCCUAGCAUUGGCGCCCUUGAUGCCCGAUGCAACAUUCAUCGUCCAGGAUAACAAUCUCUCUUCGUUAGAAAUGGGACGAAGCGCCGUUGCUAAAGAUCCAUCUCUAAAGUCGCGCGUUAGCUUUGAAGUAUAUGAUUUCUUCAAACCACAGACCGUUCAAGCGGAUAUCUAUAUAUACCGACAUAUUCUACACGAUUGGCAGGAUGAGGACUCUGUUAAAAUCCUCUCGUCGCUGCUUCCGGCCCUAAAACCGGGGGCAAGGGUUCUGAUCAGCGAGGGUAUUGUUCCGGAACCGCCUGCAAAGAGACUAAACACAUUUGCAAGUAAAAUGGUCCGGGUAGAAGAUACAUUUAUGCUCGGAGCGCAUGAUUCGCACGAACGCACUGUCGCUGAAUUCGAGUCAAUAUUCCAUCAAGUCAGCCCUGGAAGUUUUCGGCUUGCGGGCGUCACAUCGGGCGCCGAAGCCGGAGCUUUCCAAUCAUUGCUAGAAUUCGAAUUUAUUGGGUGA